AUGUUGAUGGAAGUGGGCUCGCAUGCCGACUGCUGCUGCUGCAACUUCCCCAAUUCGGCUGCCGCUGCUGUGCUCAUGCAGUAUUCCUACAUCUCGGCCGUCACCGUCAUAACCAUCACCAUCAUCGACUGCACAGCCGCCAUCACACUCCGGCCGACACCAGCCCCAAUCUGGCGUGAUGCAGACAUUGCACAUGUCACUCGCUCUGACGAAGAGGCGCCCCCUCGACACGUGCCUGUGCAAGGUUAG